UACAAUUGAAUCUUUAGAUAGUUAGUCUCUCAAGAGAGGAUAGCCAAAUUAAAGCAUAAAAAUACCCGUUAAGAAUACUGUUCCGACUAAUAAGGUCAGGGUUUUAGGGUUUAACUGCUAAACAUCCGAAGCUUGGAUAUAUUCUACUCUGGACUUUCACGUUGCUUCCGUUAUUUAUGCAAUUGUUCAUCAGGCCCUUUAACUUUAUGCUUUAAAUGAAAAUACAAUGAAAUCUGAUUGAGAAUUCUUGUUCAAUUUCCUGUUGUAAGCCGGGCUGAAUGUUUUCAUCGUAGGAGAUUCGAAGCUAAAGACUCAAGAACAAUGACAUUUACGCAAACAAUGUUCAAUAUUUCACCAUUGUAAAGAUAGGCGUGUUAGAUAAACCCACGCCACCUGCCGCCGCUUCCCAGUCGCUCAUACCAGGCAUUACUUUCCUUUACACAGACAAUGAUAUAGCUUAUUUUAAUGUGAUCAUUUCUGCGGUAGAUGGACCGAAUUCACCGCUAGGUGUUAAAGAAUAGAAAUGGAGCUUAAUGAUUGCAAAGACCAUUUUAGCUUAUUGGGUUACCGGUUGGUGCCUUGGUUGAGCUGGGAGGAAUGGAAUUUUGUGCGUGAAGCUAUAUUCUCUUCUUCCUCAGAAUCCAUUUCCAUGGGGUUAAACAGGAUAAUAGCAUGGCAAAGCAGAGGUUGCCUCCCCGUGUCUGUGGAAAUUACAGCAGCAAUCAAGGAUAUUCAACAGAGGGAUACUUAUUUUAGGAAUGACCUUCUAGCAGAGUGUGCCCUGUCUGAGGAGGUUCUUCGCAUGGCUUACUCUAUGGCAAUUACAAGGCUACUCAAUGGUGUAGUGGAUCAAUCCGAUAAGAAGCAAAAACGAUCUAUUAAUGACUCUGCUGAAGAAAUUGGUCUUCCUCGGUUGUUGGUUGAUAUUCGUCAUGAGUCUGCACAUAAUCGGCUUCCUGCGCUACCAUUACUUCGUCUUGCAAGUAAGAAGGCUCUUAACUGGUUGAACUCCAAUUACUGGGAACCUCAGAAAGAUAUUUUCCCUAAUAUUCGACCUGAAAUAAAAUCAAGGCUUCAUGUGCUUGCACUAAAUAUCCAAAGAAAGCAAUCAGCAAGAACAGCUGGUCUACAAGAAGAAAUGCACAGUGUUACAAAACAGGCCAACGCAAAUUUGAGGAGACUUGUGAAGUUUUGUACAGCAUAUCCAGAAGAAGUGGUGUCUGUACUGCUAGAAGAGUGUCUGUUGAAGGAAGUUGAUCUAGGAAACAUGUUUAUGCCCGUGUUCUCAAAUGCUAUGCAGGAAGAUGUAUUUUUAGAUAAUUCAAAUUCAUCCCAACUUAGCAGGGAGAAUUGGAAGUCAGUUAUAGAUGCAAUAUGCCUUAGGAAACCGGAGAUACGAACUAUGCUAAUUAAGGCUGCCGUAGAAAUAAUUACUGCUAUUGAAGCCAAUGCAUUUGAGCAAAAAAAAGGAAAUUUGGACUUGUCAAACAAUCUAGGUGAACCAUUAGAACCAAGAAACUUAAUUGCUAUCAAUCAUCCCUACACUCAAGAACUCGUUUUUUGGGUGACCUGGCUUCUGAAGGAUCUGGAAAUUUUCUGGAAAGCGGAGUCUAAGAAAUGUAAUUCAACAGAUGCACAUAUUUCUCUCUGGUAUGGACCUGUAUGCAAGGGAUUUUUGCAAGAGCUACUUUUUGAGUGUUUAAAGAGCUUAGCUUACAGCAGUGCUCUUUCAGAAGUGGUACUGAUUAUUACUGAAUUGCUUGGUAGCAAGUCUCUUACGUGUAAAAUACAAUAUCUAGUAUACCUCCAGAAGUUUGACCAGGAAAGACAAUAUUGUGCUUCAGACUCUCUAGACCAGGGUAAUACACACAAUAUUGUGGUGCAUGAGUUGAUUCAUAACAAAGACAUUGUUGAAAUUAGGGGCUGUAACAGUUCUCUAGUUGAAACAGAUACUCAAGCUACAUUUGCAAGGCAGACUGUUUUCCUUGAGAAAGCAAAGCAGCAAUUUGAGUCUCUAAAAAUGCUUCAGGCAAAAUGUAUUGAUAAAACAAUUUCUGAGAGUAAUAUUCAUGAAAGAAAGUUGGAUGAGGAACCUUCUCUCCUGGAAGGACCUUGGAGCAUUGUUGAAAAUUGGAAGCCCUGUGCCAUUGGUAUGCUGCCAUCUCUCUCAAAUUUGAGAGGAGUUUUGCCUGUUCUUGAGUGCACCCGGACUAAGCUGGAAGGCAGCGAAGUACAUGUAAAUGAUGAAAGAUGCAACCAAAGUUAUGAAGCAACAAAAUGUAUGUCUCCAACAAUGUGCCCUGAUGCUAAGAUGGAGGAAAAUGAAUUGAGGAAUUAUAGUAAACACUCCGACCAAGUAACAUUUCCUGAUAAGCUUGUGAGAGGUGAUGAUAAGCGUGCGUUUGAUGUCAGACAAGGUGAAUAUAAAGAUAUUGCAGACAAUUAUUAUGAUGUGUCCAACCAGCAGAAUGUAAAGAAACUAAAAAAGGAACACCCAAAAGAAAUUGCAGAUGAAAGUAAUUCACCAAAUGCCUCUCAUUUUGUGAGAUCCCAGCCACAUUCAGCAAUUCUUGGGCAAUUAUUUGCUGAUGGAUCAUUCAAGCACUUUGGGUUUGAGGAACUUAAAACCAUCCAAUCUGCUGUGCACAUUUUUGAAAGCUUUCGGCAUUAACCGCAAUGAAAGGUCUUCUUCCCCUAUAAAUGGGGGCACAAUGCAUGUAUCAAUUUUGAUGAUGGUGAAACAUCGUUAAUAGCUUGAUUUAAAAAUUGUAUUUACUUUACUUUC